CUUUUCAAGCCAAACCAUCAAUCUUCCCGGCUAUGGCGUUCCUCAGCUUUGUUUUCAUUUUCGCAUUUAUUCUGGUUUCUACCAUUACUCAAUAUGGUCGGUCCUCUCAACCUGGCGGUUUGCUCCGAUCGGGAAACCGAGAAUUUAUGUACGGAAACUUUAUGGCUGUUAUUCAAAAACAUCUCUCGACAUCAGUUAUCGCAUCUUUUCUCAUUAAGGACAAAUAUCUUUGCCCUUUCAAAUGCAUAGCUAAAAGUGAAUGUUUUUCCUAUAACCUGGCGGCAUAUCCAGAUAAUGGUUGGUACAUUUGUGAACUGCUGGACACGGACAUGUACAGAGCCGGAACGGAACUUAAGACGAAUGUUUCUUUUCACCAUUUUAGUCGACUGUCUCCCUGCUCAAGUGGGCCAUGUCAGAACAACGGAACUUGUGUACCACUGUAUCAAACAAAUGGCUAUAUUUGUCGCUGUACGAGAUCGUACAGAGGAAACCAUUGUGAAAACACAGUCGAUCACAACUGCAGUUGUUUAUCAGGGCCAGAGGGGAAACAAAUGUGCGAUAUAGGAUACUUACUCGUAUUUCCUGCGCCGCGUUCCAUUGAAAACUAUGCCAUGAAAUAUCCAGCCAUACCAUCGGACCUCAGCCAGUUAUCGCUGUGUUUUUUUGUAAAAGUUGUUACAGACCAAAAACUGCAAUCUAUCUUCAGCUAUGCCAAACUCGAUGAAAAUGAUAUUUAUGCCGAAAGUUAUCCAACUGAGACAGCUCUCGGCAUCAAUGACAAACAUGGCAGUUUCAAUGCUUCGGUCUAUGAUGGUGCCUGGCAUCAUUUGUGUUUCACUUGGGAAAAUACUUAUGGUCAACUCAAACUGUAUAAAAACGGUCAAUUUGAAGGCCAGCAUAUGGAUUUUGAAGUGGGAUAUACAGUCCGAUCUGGAGGUCAUUUAGUGCUCGGGCAAGAUCAAGACACCUUUGGAGGAGGUUUUCAUCUGGAGAACACACUGAAUGCCCAAUUGGCUGAGGUCAACAUGUGGGACCGGGUUCUGUCCAAAAAAGAAAUUGCUGCUCAGUACACAAACUGCAGGAUACCAAGUGGUUCCGUUGUCACCUGGUCCGAAUUUAAAACGCUAACCAAUGGCAGUGUGAUUGUCAGACACUGA